AUGGGUUGUUUUCGUAGUGGAGCGGGACAUCAACAGCUCCAAGAAGACGCAAUGGCUCACGCAAGCGAUCCGUUACUAGACACGUUCACGAGAUGGUCACAGUAUACAGGUGACAGUGGGGGCCACCACCACCGCGGUGUACCCUUGCAUACGGGGCGGCGAGUCUCCCGGCAAGUCGAUUUCACCAACCGCAGCGAGUACGAGCAACACAAGUCCCGGAACAAGUUCAUAUUCCACAGAGGGUUCUCACUGCGUGGGUCCCAAAGGGAAAACCGGCCCACUCCUCCAGUUCGCCCCAAGUUCCACUCGCAGCAAGGGUUGCAGUCGUUCCUCGAGUACGUUGACUUGGAAGAGUUGCAAUUGCAGGACUCCCUGGUCCAAGAGACACGCAACGUCGUCCCCGUGUUCACCCCAGCGAACAUCUACGGCAGAAACUCAAAGGUCGGUAUAUCGAGGGUGAUUGCCCCGCCAAUGCCACCGCAGAGAGCACCAUCGGUGAUCAAACGGCAUGUACUGCCCUCGAGAACACCGUCGGUGAAGUCUACGAGGGCGGGUGCCGAUGCCGUUCCACCACGGCCCCACGAUGUACCACAGCGCCGGACACCUCAUAGGUCGCACACAAUAUCAACGCUACCAUCGAGACGCGACCCACCUCUCGUGGGUCUCUGGGCACGGUACCUGGAACUCGUCAUCCUCCAGAGAACACAACUCCGCGUCUCGCUUCUCCGGGGUGAACGUGAAGGGCAAGAUGAGAGAGAACAACGAAACGCAGUGCCCAUUACAGUACACUGA